CGUAUAUCGAGUCCCAAAUUCUGUCCACCAGAAAGUUCAGAAUUAUCUUUCAAAGGCUAAUUUUGCCAGAGUAAGAAGAAAUCAUGGCGGACCAUGAAAUCACCGAAUACGAGCGCAAAAGAUUGGAAAACAUUAAACGGAAUGAUGAAAUGCUUGCCGCCCUCAAGAUUCAAUCCAGAAUCAACGAUCUCUCCACCGUCAAUAAGCGUCAAAGAACCGAAAGUAAAUCAUACAAAAAGAGUCCAACAAAGAAUUUGAAGCCUGAAACUCCGGUGGUCCUACGUCGGUCUCUCAGGACCCGUGGGGUGCCACCAGAUGCAAUCUCUGCCUGUGGGCUCAAAGAUGAUUACGAUGAAACUCGAGUUAGUAAAAUCUUGAAAUUGAAUUUCUCUCCUGUAAAGAAAGUAUCCCCUCGAGCACCAGGGCCCCUUGCGAUGAGAGAUGCAUACACUAGUGAUGAUGCCUUGGAUCAGAAGCUUAUCCAAACUAUUUCAGGAUUUUCUAAGAAAUUUCAGUUGAGUGAGAAUAACAAGUUUCCUUGUGAUUUAGUUAAGGGUGUGGAGAAAAACGAGGAUUUUGAGGCACCAAAAGUGAGAAAAAUGGCGAGUGGUUCAGUGAAAGUGGAGGCACUGAAGUUGGAGCCCAAGAAUAUAGCUCGGGUGGUUCCAGGGAGAAUUAUGGAUGUGCGGUUUUUUCCUACUGCUGAUGUAACAAUGGUUGCUGUGGGGAACAAAUUUGGAAAUAUCGGGUUCUGGAAUGUAGACAUAGAAAAUGAUGAUGGUAAUGGGAUUUAUAUGUAUUGCCCCCAUUCAGGACCAAUUUCUGGGAUUGUCAUCGAUCCAUUUGCCAUGUCUAAGAUGUUCAGUUCUUGCUACGAUGGGUUUAUCAGGUUGAUGGAUGUGGAGAAAGAGGUGUUUGAUUUGAUAUACUCCAGUGAGCAUUCAGUAUACUCUAUAUCUCAAAGUCCGCAUGAUACAAAAUCCUUAUAUUUUAGUGAGGGGUAUGGAGGAAUCAAUAUGUGGGAUUUGAAAGCAGGAAAAUCUUUGUCAUCGUGGAAUUUGCACGAUAAUAGGAUCAAUACAAUAGACUUCAAUUCAGAAAACAGUAAUAUCUUGGCUACAAGUUCCACAGAUGGAACUGCUUGCAUCUGGGAUUUGAGACACAUGAAUGCAGAUAAGCCGAAGUCCUUGAGCACUGUUUGCCAUAAAAGAGCUGUGCAUUCUGCUUAUUUUUCACCUUCGGGAAGAUUUCUGGCGACAACAAGUGUCGACGACAGAAUUGCUUUAUCAACUGGGGAAAAUUAUGAGGACACAUCUAUGGUAUACCAUGAUAACCAGACAGGCAGGUGGAUUUCCACUUUCAGAGGUAAAUGGGGUUGGGACGAUUCAUAUGUCUUCAUCGGUAAUAUGAAAAGAGGAGUUGAUAUUAUAUCUGUGGCUGGAAAGAAAAUUGUGUCUACUUUACGAAGUGAGCUCAUAUCAGCUAUUCCAUGCCGGUUUGAUGCACAUCCAUGCAAGGUUGGAAUGCUUGCAGGGGCUACAAGUGGAGGUCAGGUUUAUAUUUGGAGUUUAUGAUGAGAGAGAGAGAGAGUGGUAUGAAAGCAUAUUAGCGUUUUAUCUUUUGUAUCAAUGUGUUGCAGUGUACAUUAUGAAACUUUAAAAGGAUCUAUCUUACUGAGCUGUUUCCUGUUACUUUCUUUGUAGGCAGGCAGGCAUUUUGCAUUGGAUGGUUUAUUUAGUUUAUUAUGAUUACCCAAAAGUUGGUUUUUUUCUUUCAA